AUGAGUAGUGAGACCAGGUCCAAACUGGGCCAUGCCCUGGCCAAGGGUCUCGGCAUCAAGCUCGCUUACAGAGAUCCUCUGGGUGCGACCACCGACCCCGUCACGAGAGGCGAAUCGACAUUUUCUAUGGGCACCGUCGACACAUAUUCAUACAACGAGCCCGAACCGACAAGCAUCGAUUGGAUUCGCGAAAUUAUUCCCACCGGACCAGAAUUCGGCAGAUAUUUGAUCAAUCUCUUCCCUUUUGUCACAUGGAUCGGAAACUACAACCUGCAAUGGCUGUGGGGUGACUUGAUUGCCGGUAUCACCGUGGGAGCCGUCGUCGUGCCGCAAGGUAUGGCCUAUGCCGCUCUGGCUGGCCUGGAAGUGCAAUAUGGACUGUACUCCUCAUUCAUGGGAGUCUUGAUUUAUUGGUUCUUUGCCACGUCAAAGGAUAUUACUAUCGGACCCGUGGCGGUCAUGUCAACCCUAACUGGAACGAUCGUGGCGAAGGUCCUAGAUGAAUACCCCGACUAUCCGGCCCAUUUGGUUGCAUCUUCUCUUGCAGUCCUCUGCGGUGGUAUUGUUUUUGUACUGGGAAUUUUACGACUGGGUUUCAUCGUCGAUUUCAUUCCCCUGCCUGCUAUCUCAGCCUUCAUGACUGGCUCUGCUCUGAGCAUUUGCUCGGGACAGGUGCCCACCAUGCUGGGUGAGACUGCCAAGUUCGAUACCCGUGGUGCCACUUACAUGAUUAUCAUCAAUACCCUCAAACAUCUUCCGAGUUCGACAUUGGAUGCUGCUAUGGGUGUUACUGCCUGCGCAAUGCUGUAUAUCAUCCGUUCUGCAUGCACCUACGCCGCUAAGAAGCAACCUGCCAAGGCCAAGAUUUGGUUCUUUGUCUCGACCCUUCGCACCGUGUUUGUGAUGUUGUUCUACACUAUGAUCAGUGCCGCCGUCAACUUGCACCGCAAGGACGACCCAGCGUUCAAGCUUCUUGGCAAAGUUCCUCGGGGUUUCCAACAGGCCGCCGUGCCUACUAUGGACCCGAAGAUCAUUUCGGUGUACGUUGGCGAGUUACCAGCUGCGGUGAUCGUUCUCUUGAUUGAGCAUAUUGCUAUUUCCAAGUCUUUCGGUCGUGUCAACAAUUACACCAUCGAUCCCUCCCAGGAAUUCGUCGCUAUCGGUGUUAGUAACCUCCUUGGACCUUUCCUUGGUGGCUACCCCGCUACUGGAUCUUUCUCUCGGACUGCCAUCAAGUCCAAAGCCGGAGUCCGAACACCUCUGGCCGGUUGUAUCACCGCCGUCGUGGUCCUUUUGGCUAUCUACGCUCUCCCUGCUCUUUUCUUCUACAUCCCCAAAGCGUCCCUGGCCGGUGUCAUUAUUCACGCCGUCGGUGAUCUGAUCACUCCCCCUAACGUGGUGUACCAGUUCUGGCGUGUCUCCCCGCUUGAUGCCAUCAUUUUCUUCAUUGGUGUCUUUGUGACUGUUUUCACUUCAAUUGAGAAUGGUAUCUACUGCACAGUCUGUGUGUCGAUUGCAGUCUUACUGUUCCGUGUGGCCAAGGCCCGCGGUCAGUUCUUGGGCCGUGUCACGAUUCACUCCGUUGUUGGAGACCACCUUUUGGAUGGCGAAGGAAAGUAUGGAUCGUUGGGCAACAACAACAAGACUCCCUCCGCUGAUGAGGAGCGCCACCACCGGACCAUCUUCCUUCCCAUCAACCACACCGAUGGCUCCAAUCCUGACAUCGAAGUGGAGCAGCCUCUCCCCGGUAUCUUCAUCUACCGCUUCUCCGAAGGCUUCAACUACCCCAAUGCAAACCACUACACCGAUACCUUGGUUCAAACCAUCUUCAAAAGCACCCGCCGAACGAACCCGCACGCCUACCGCAACCGGGGUGAACGUCCCUGGAACGAUUCCGGUCCCCGCCGCGGCAAGGAGGGCAGUGACGAUGAUUCGCACCUACCUCUUCUCCAAGCCGUCAUUCUGGACUUCUCAUCCGUUAACAAUGUCGAUGUCACCUCCAUUCAAAACCUUAUCGAUGUGCGUAACCAGCUGGAUAAAUACGCCUCCCCCCGCUCCGUGCAAUGGCACUUCGCACACAUCAACAACCGCUGGACGAAGCGUGGCCUGGCUGCCGCAGGCUUUGGCUACCCAACACCAGUCAACAGUAGCGAUGGCUUCCACCGAUGGAAACCCAUCUUCAGCGUGGCAGAAAUUGAAGGCAGUGCCUCAGCCGCUGCUCACGCCGAGAUCAUUGCCAACCAGCGCGAGCACGCCUACCACCAGAGCGAGGAUAUCGAAUCUGGCCUCAAGGCCAAAUCCGACACCACCGAGGUCGAACCCCAUGGCAUCGAGACUUCCUCCUCCGAGACCUCCGAGGUCAUCCGGGAUGACAAGUUCCAGCGCGAUAUCACGGACAGCAAGGCAUACCAGGGUCGUCCCAAGGUUGCGCUCGUGCAGGGCAUGAACCGGCCUUUCUUCCACAUCGAUCUCACCAGCGCUCUUCAAAGCGCCGUUGCCAACUCCUCGGACGAGAUCCCUCACAUUGGUUGA